UCUCCUGUCUGGGGUUUUGCCCCACCGGCAAGAUGUACGGCUAUUUUCGCAAAUCGUACGACGAUGUGGAGGGCGGUUAUCAAGGCAGCGAGCCGCUGCUGUACUCUGGACUUGAGUACGAGGACACGUACAUGCGAUGGGGUUUCAUCCGCAAAGUGUACGGCAUCGUCUUGUCCCAAGCUGUGCUGACAAUUCUCGCCUCUCUGGUGGUCUUGUUCAUCUCUCCCGUCCGGGACUUCGUCGUUUCCAAUCCUGCCAUUGUUCUCCUGACCGUGCUUUUGCAGCUCGGGGUGCUCUGCUUCCUCUACUGUUAUCGCCAUAGCCAUCCCGCGAACAUCAUCCUUUUAGGGCUAUGGACGAUCACCUUCAGCGUCACGAUAGGUGCCACGUGUGCUUUCGUUCCCGGAUUGGUUCUGCUGGAAGCGCUGCUGCUCGUAGCAGCCGUCGUUGUCUCUCUCACGGGCUAUACCUUCUGGGCUUGUCGAAAAGGCUAUGGCUUUUCCUAUCUGGGGCCUAUGCUAUUUUCGGCAUUGAUCGUCCUCUUCAUCUGGAGCCUGAUCCAGAUCGUCAUCGUCCCGGGGCCAGUCGGGAAAUUCGUGUAUGCACUCGUGGGAUCGCUCUUGUUCUCUCUCUACAUCGUAUACGACACCGACAAUUUGAUAAAUGGGUAUGAUUAUGAUGAGUACGUGUGGGCGUCGGUGGCGUUGUACCUGGACAUCGCCAAUCUGUUCGUGCUUCUGCUCGACGCUGUGAGGGGACUUCCGCAGACUGGUUCGCGUAGGCGCUUGUUCGACGAGGACCAGAUGCAAGGGGGUGGAUAGCCCAAGUGUCACUGCAGGUUUCCUGAUCUCUGGCUUUUCGUUGGAGUCUCUGUAUUUUUUAAUGGGACCAGUCAGAGUCGGGGAUCUGUUGCCCACCGCCGCCGGACUCCUGUCUAAGUUCGAUAAACUGGUGAAGAUGUUUCUGGUGAGAUUGAUGAUCGCCGACUGCAACUUGUUCAUCAGGAGGCUUAUUGUUUUUGUAGGUAUCUAGGUUUACAGAUUUCCUUUCCUUGUCGUGCACAAGGAACACAGUUUUGAUCUUGCGAUUUCCACUGUAAUGUAUCUGUGAAAGACUCAAGUUAUCUCUCCACUCUUCACUGAGGCAGUCCUUUCUUUUUUUUCUUUUUUUUUCUCAGUCGCUUUGAUUGGUUGCUUGACCGGUACAGGAAGGAGACAGGUAGAAAGGUGCUGCCAUAGUGACAAGCUAAGACGACUCUCAACCAGUACAGGACUCAUGGUGGUGAUUUUGGUGGACAUCAGGGAGGGUACGACGUCAGUUCCAGGUGAGAGAGAGGCUUUGUGUGAGAGUUGUAUCCUGCAAAGAUGUGGCGGGUGACGAAGCAACCAGAGCUUGAUUUGCCAAGACAGAUCAGAAUAUAUUGAGGCCUGUAUCGGUCAUUAACAAGAACAGGUGGGAGAGGAAGUGCAUGGAGGAGAGAGAGAGAGAGAGAGAGAGAGAGAGAGAGAGAGAAGUUUCAUGGGUCAACUCAGCGACAAAUGUAUAGUGGAUUAUGGGAAGCUGUUGACGCGAUAAUAAAUAUUAAAUACUAAUAAUAUGCAAAAUAUUAAUUAUGUAAUGGAAUAUAAAUCAUGUAAUAAAAUAUUGUUGUAUCAAAGACUAUGAAUUUAAUUAAAUAUCAUAUUAUAAUAAAAUAUUAAAGAUGUGGACAAGGGGGCACUAUAUUGUGUUUCAUGUUGUGGCAUAUAUAGUACAGGGUGGUGCCAUGUUUUGCUCUUGUAUACAUGAUACAGGUAAAAACUGUACUCCACUAGGCCUAGGAUUUUUUUUAUUUUUUAUUUUUAACUCCUCAUCUGCUUGCAUCCGCAUUCGAACUCAGGUCUGUAUUUCAACAGUUCAUGUAUGUACCAACUGAUGUUCAUGUAGUCUAUUAGUCUGGGGUCUUGACAGGCUUUAUUUAUUUUAUUUUUUUCGGGUCGCAGCUCAGCCGGAAACACUCUCCUCUGCUGCAUACAUUGUAUAUUAUUUUGACAUGUAAAGUAACAGCCUAACAGGGUACGUGGUUAAGGUAUCAGGGUAUGUGGUUAAGGUAUCAGGGUAUGUGGUUAAGGUAUCAGGGUAUGUGGUUAAGGUAACAGGGUAUGUGGUUAAGGUAACAGGGUACAGGGUAUGUGGUUAAGGUAACAGGGUAUGUGGUUAAGGUAACAGGGUAUGUGGCUAAGGUAACAGGGUAUGUGGUCAGGGCUUCGAACUAAGUUCGAAGUGAAAUAGAAUAUACAGGCCAAACUGCUAAACGUGAGACGACUUCAUUUUCUGCAGCUGAAAAUAGGAAAAGCUGCAUACGGUGUAAAUUAUUUGUGCAUAAGCAGCGUAAGUAGUAAGAAAAGUAAAACUAAUUUGAUGGA